AUUGUCUCAGACAGCAUGACCAGGGCCUGCAAAUGCCACGGUGUUUCCGGUUCCUGUUCGGUGAAAACCUGUUGGCGAUCCCUGCCCACGUUUGAUUCCAUUGGGGCUGCCUUGAAAGACAGAUACGCUCUAGCUGUGGAGGUGAAGCGGAAGAGAAUCAAGAAGGAGAAAGUACUAGUACCUAUACAUAAAGGGAAAACCAAUUUCCGGACAGACGAGCUAGUGUACUAUGAGAAAAGCCCGGAUUACUGCAGUCCAGAUGUAAAAACAGGAUCAGUCGGGACAGUAGGAAGGUUGUGUGAAGCUGACAGCAGAGGGCCUGGCAACUGCGACUCCAUGUGCUGCGGGCGGGGCCACGACAACUUCACCAUGGAGGUGACAGAACGCUGUGAAUGCAAAUAUUACUGGUGCUGCUACGUCAAGUGCAACACCUGCGUUAGGGUACUACACCUCAACCAGUGUCGAUAG